CUCAGGGCGAGCGAGGGAGAGUUCUGCGAAGAACUCGAGGCGACAGAAACGCCUGUACGGAGUAGCUUUGCACUCUGUGUAGCCUUGCCCUAUCCCUACGUGAGGCACAACAAGCUAGCCCCUUGAGCUUCGGCAGUACAAGAGCCGCCCCAGCCCCGCCCGCUGAGUGCGUGUUGGUCGUGCAGACACGCACCGCCACCCAAUCGGCAGUCAUGGGAGAGGCUCAGUCGAUGAUGCUGGCGAGUUGGGACACUGAGGAGCUUGUUUCCCACAUCCUGUUCCUCCGGGAGACCAACCACGUGGAGGCAGAGCCGCGCAUAUGGCACGUCAUCGAGAAGGGCUGGGUGGAGGUCGUUGACAGGCUGCUGCAGAAGGAGCCCACACUGCUCGGUCAGAACGGCAGCGGGAGUGGGGACAACUGCGGAGGCGUCUCGACUGACUACCUGGUCAGCUGCAUAGCCCAGAUGACGGCAUACAGCAUUGCAAUGGUGGAUGUCUCUUUGUGUGUGUGUGUGUGUGCAGAUUCGCGCCACGCACAACCGUGGCGGCAUCUUCAGCUACUUGGUAGAGCGUUGGUCGGUGAGUGAGCGCACGCCCGACAACUUGCAGAAGGUGUUGAAGCGAGCCAUCGAGAACACGACCAUCGACAGGAUGCUCGAGGUGGUCCUCUACCGCAGCGGACCAAUGAAACCGCACGAGAUACAGGACUUCUGCAAGUCAGUCAGCCCAGCCAAGGAGCCUCCAUCGAGCAGCAACUCGUGUGUUAUGUGCUGUGUGGUGUGUGCCCCUCUCUCUCUCUCUCCGAUUAAUUAGGGCUGAGAGCAUCGAGGGGGGUCACUGGCAGAGUGUGCAGACGCUGCUGUCGUCCCACCUGGCCGUGUUCACUGGCGACGACCUCGACCGCAUCCUCGCACACCCACCACGCAUCAUCGACGACUACUGGCGAGUCGUCAUUCGGGUGGGUGAGCAUGGCGAUGAUUUGUGUGUCCCGGGGUGAGGACCGCGAUGUCAUGUGUCUGUUGCUGAUUUGUAUGCUGCCUGGCCUGACGCACCCACCACACAGAUGAUGACUGACGAGAGUUUGCCAGCUGGGAGGAUUCACCCCGCCGUGUUCCGGCCGGGCGAUGUGCUGGCGCUGGUGCCAGACAAGAAAAGAUACAUACAGUAAGUAAGGAGACAGACAGCCACAUACCAUGCCAUCCGUGAUGAUCAGAAGGACCUCCCUCCAACGUGUGGUGCACGCGUGUAGGUUUUGUGAGCGUUUGGUAGAGGAGUUCGAUGCCGUGCUGACGCCCCCCGUGGCCCAGCAGCUGCUCGAGGCUGCCGUGGAGGUCAAGAACCCAACACUCUCACACAAAUGCAUCGCAGCGGGUAUGUUUGAAGGAGCGACGAAUGGAUGCAGUCAGUCAUGGUUGCUGCCUGGCCGCCUGCAAUGCAGGUGCGGUUGCGACGGCGGAGUUCAUUGAGACAGCGGCGGGUCACUUCUUCCCCAACGAGGACUUCAUCCGAUUCCUGCUCGAGUCGAACGAAGCCAUCGUGCCAUCAGAAAAGGUCGGUGGGGCAGACCCGCCAUGGCAAGAGAGAGAGAGGGGGGUGUCACGUCAGUCACUUUGUGUCUGUCUGUCCUUAUCUGCCUAGGCGAUGCUGAAUGCGCUGAGAGCGUGGACACUCAACUGGAACCUGGUAGACACACACACACACACACACCGCACACCGAAUGCUGACUCACGCGCCGUGUCUUUGGUCUUGGCCAGGUGCGUUUGCUGCUGGAGCGGGGCGGGCCCGUCACGAGUACUCAACAUACACACACACACGGAUUGACCUCAUAGCAUAGCUUGUCUUCAUUCCUUGCCGGUGCGCCCUCCCUUUGCAGGUCGUGUGGUGGACCGUGUGUUGAACAGCACGACCGUGGACAAGCCCGUCUACCGCCACCUCAUGCUGGCUUGCCCCGAAGACCUGGGAUCCAUCAGGGAGAAACUCGUCGGGUGCCUGCACUCAUUCGAAGACCUCCAGUGGUCAGCCAUCAGCACCACUGCACCGCCUUGCUCCCAUACACACGUGUGGUGUGGUGCAUGGUCUGACUGACUGACAGGAUGGAGGAGUGUCUAGAGGAGGCGGCCCACCUGCACGCUGCACAGUGGCACGCAGGCGUCCGCCGGUCCCGCGACGACGACAGCACCUCACACGGCCACAUGUCGCCGGACACAGACGCCUCAUCGUCAACUAUCCCGCGGCUGUCCACCUUCGAGGCACCGGUUGCAUCUAUGUCGCCCACCGACAGCCACAGCCCGCCCAGCGAGUCGGUCACCUCCGGGAGCAGCCCAACCGGGUCGCCGCCAAGUGAGGGUCGGCGGAUUGGCGUGGCGCGGGGCUGGGAGGGGCUGGCAAGGGCGGGGUCGGGGGCUGACGAUGAGGCGGGGGUGCGGCGUGGGGAGGCUGCAUCGGAGAUCAACACGAGGGAGAGGAACACCUGUGUGGUCUGUCUGGAUGCGGCCGCCGCGGUCAUCCUGGCGCCAUGCGGGCACAGAUGUACUUGCACCAAGUGAGAGAGAAAGCUCUGUGUGUGUAUGGCGCGGCGCACGAGAGAGAAGACACGCAUGCCUACUGGUGCGUGUCUUGUGUGUGUGUGUGUGUAGGUGUACGGCGUUGCUGAUGCGUCGGCCGGACAUCCCUCUCGAGAGCCCGUUCGGUGUGCGCCGGCCCGCUUUCCACUCACGCGCAUGCCCCAUUUGCAAAACAUACAUUCAGGUAUUUAGACACACACACACACAGACACAAUCGUUCCUUGCGCAGCACAUGGGUCUGUCUGUCUGUGUGGCCUGACAGAGCACCGUGAGACGCGUGUACGACUGACCAAGUGCCUGUCUCGCUGGCUGGGCGGUGCAGUGCAGAGAGCGCAAAAAGAGAAAGAGGAGUGAGUGAGAGAGAGAUUGUUUUAUUCAUUCGGUCGGUCGGUCGGUUGGGGGGAUGCAGAAACUAGCGUCCGUCCGUCCACCCGAUGCUAUUCUUCUGUUUGGCCCCAUGGCGCAUCGGCCCGUGUGAGAUAUGCAUACGUAUGUGUACCUAAUUGGCGGCCGAUGCGCCAUGGCGCGUGAAUGAAUGAAUGCGAUUAAGAAUGGAUUUCGAUGGUAAAAUGCUGGCUGGCUGGCUGGCUGGUGAGUAGUUGCACGCCCUGGCAUUGAUUGUACUGCAUGAGUUGAGUGUAUUGCAUGUGUGUGUGGCACCGGAACAACGGUCGAGCGUUUUUAUAUUCGUGAGCGCGAGGAGACGAACGCGUUUGUGUUGUGUUACAUAAUUUAUGCAUGCAUCGUGAAGACUCACUCCGGGCGGUCGAGCUGUUUUUGCGUGUGCGUGUGCAGUGAGCGAGCGAGGUUGGACACCGACAUACAUGUCGACAGACUGAAUCAGUGCGUGUGUUUGCAAUUGAAUAUCUGUUGCCGGUGGCCGGCGGUGGAUGUGUCUGUCCA